ACGGGCAGGGGGCGGAGCCAAUUUCAAAACCAAGAGCCAAGAUGGCGGAGCUGGGAUCGUUGAGGAAUCGGACGCGACUCUCUGCCAGGACGAUGCAGGAUAUGAAUCACGUUAACGGGCCAGACGAAGAACAGGAUGAAGAGAUCCAGCUUAACUCUGAUACGGAGGUGAUGGACCGACCAUGUCCGAUCCAGAUUGUUCUUGCCCAUGAAGACGAUCAUAAUUUUGAUUUGGACGAAAAGGCAUUGGAAAGCAUUUUGAUGCAGGAGCAUAUCCGUGAUUUAAAUGUAGUCGUCGUGUCUGUGGCUGGUGCAUUUCGGAAAGGAAAAUCUUUUUUGCUCGACUUUAUGCUCCGAUACAUGUACAGCCAGAGAUCAAGCUGGAUCGGUGGUGACUGUGAACCUUUAACUGGCUUUACAUGGCGAGGAGGGUGUGAGCGAGAAACUACAGGCAUACAGAUCUGGAGUGAAGUGUUUGUUGUUGACAAGCCCGAUGGAUCUAAGGUUGCAGUUAUCCUCAUGGACACACAGGGAGCCUUUGAUAGCCAGUCAACAAUCAAAGACUGUGCAACUGUGUUUGCUCUGAGCACCAUGACCAGCUCCGUACAGGUUUAUAACUUAUCCCAGAAUAUCCAAGAGGACGAUCUGCAGCAUUUGCAGCUUUUUACGGAGUAUGGGCGUCUUGCAAUGGAAGAGAUUUACAAAAAGCCAUUUCAGACCCUCAUGUUUUUAAUUAGAGACUGGAGCUAUCCCUACGAACACUCAUACGGCUUGGAAGGUGGAAACCUGUUUCUGGAGAAGAGGCUGCAGGUGAAACAAAACCAGCAUGAAGAGUUACAGAAUGUCAGGAAGCACAUACACUCUUGUUUUACAAACAUAGGCUGUUUCCUAUUGCCACAUCCCGGUCUCAAAGUUGCCACCAACCCCUCUUUUGAUGGAAGACUAGCUGACAUAGAUGAUGAGUUCAAAAAGGAACUACAAAAUCUGGUACCUUUAUUGCUUGCUCCUAAAAACCUAGUACAAAAAGAAAUAAGUGGCACCAAGGUGACUUGUCGAGAUCUACUAGAAUAUUUUAAGGCUUACAUCAAAAUCUAUCAGGGAGAAGAACUGCCCCAUCCUAAAUCUAUGCUACAGGCAACAGCAGAAGCAAACAAUUUGGCCGCUGUAGCCGGUGCAAAAGACACUUACAGCAAAAGCAUGGAGCAGGUUUGUGGAGGUGAUAAGCCAUACAUUGCACCAGCAGACCUCGAAAGGAAACAUUUGGACAUGAAAGACGUCUGCAUAAAGCAAUUCCGUUCAAUAAAAAAGAUGGGAGGGGAUGAGUUCUGCCAUCGCUAUCAGGAGCAGCUGGAGGCUGAGAUUGAAGAAACCUAUGCAAACUUCAUGAAGCACAACGACGGCAAAAACAUCUUCUAUGCUGCUCGAACCCCGGCUACUUUGUUUGCCGUUAUGUUUGCUAUGUACAUUAUCUCAGGGCUGACCGGUUUCAUUGGUCUGAACUCUAUAGCAACCAUUUGCAAUUUAAUCAUGGGAUUAGCAUUACUGUCUUUCUGCACCUGGGCAUAUGUGAAGUACUCCGGGGAGUUCCGAGAAUUGGGAAGCUUAAUAGAUCAGAUUGCUGAGAUAAUAUGGGAACAGCUGUUGAAGCCAAUGAGCGACACUUUGAUGGAGGAUAACAUAAGACAAACUGUGACAAACUCCAUUAAGGCAGGUCUUACAGAGCAAGUGACUCAAGCGGCACGGCUAAAGACAGACUGACAGUCCAUCUCUCCAGCUGCAGCCUUUCUUUCCCCAUUGCUUGUUCGAACAAUGAGAACUCGGUAAAACCACAAACCAAAGUUUACAAUUACCACCAUAGAUGUAAUAUAACCAGGCUUAUCGAAGUGCUGCCACUGGUAUUUUAUUCCCCCCAGGUUAAGCUACCUAAAGCUUGCUGUAAGACUGUCAUGAAAGGUUCUUGGCCUUUUUGUGCCAGAAGCAUCAUCUUCCCUCUAGCACAGAGAGGUUAAAUUAUUGCAGACAUUGUGCCAUGUUUAUUUUUCUUUUUUCAUCCUUUUUUAUUUUUUUUUCAUAAAUCUGUUCAAUGAAGUACUUCAUCCUGCUAAGUGACAUGAUCUACUUUUAACUAAAUGAAUGUAGUUUUGUUUUUUUUCUCUGUAAUUUUAUUUACUAUUUAUAAUUGUACGCUUUCAAGAAUGACAUAUGAUCGAGGACUAUCAAGUAUACUGUAGCUGGGUUACUAAGAAAUCUACCAGUUAAUUCACUGCCUUUUUUGUUUCUUUCCUUCAUACUGUAUGUACAUAAAUGGCAUGUAUUUAGAGAAGUUUUCUUGAAAACAUUGCCUUUUUUUAAUCCACAAACCUGUCCUACUAUAGGUACAUAUCAGGGGGAGGGCCUGAGUGUUUUUCCUGUUUAGCCUUCAUGUAUAUACAACAUGCCAUUAAUUUUAUUGGGGGGGAUGGGAGGGAUGUUUUAGGGUUCCAGUCCAUCCAGAAGCAGAGCCUACAGCUAUAGAAGCUCCAAUCAUCUGUACAGCAUUAGCUAUUUUCUAUACAAAAUCUGAUAGGGCAUGUAUAUGACAUAUAAAUAAUAUAAAUACCAAUUUUGUAACAAGUUUUUGUAGUCCAUGCCAAAUACUGGUUCUGUUGUAGGCUAAGUGAAGUCCCUGCACAGGGAACGUCUGUGGCUCAUGUAAAUGUGUGAAUGCAUAAACCAAUCUGACAUUUUGAUAUAUUUGUGAUAUUUACUGCCUUGAACCACUGCUGUCUCACCGUGUUAGGUGAGAAAAUGAGCAUUUUUUGUUUUGUUGUGAAUCUUUGUCCUGUUUAAAGAAAAAAAAUGAAAGCUGUUUCCUGUAAUUUAUUUCCAGUAAAAUUAAAAACCGUUGUAUAUAUGGCACAUAUAAAA